AUCCACCCAAACCAUGUCCCCUGCCACGAAAGUUGCGGCGAUGCUGGUGAUGGCGGCUACUGCUGCUGGCGUUGUAGCUGGAGAGAUCCCAAAGUCGCUCUCGAGCGAGCAUGACAGGAUUGUCGUGUCGCAUCGCCCUCAAGGAGCGACAUCAGCUGCCUUCCAGCUCCACUACUUCUGCCUCCAGGGCCUUGGCGAACUCCCUCGCCUCAUCCUUGAGAUCUCGCAGACCCCAUAUGACAGCGUGAUGUACUUCACCACCAAGGAGUACAAGUCCUUUGCUCCUUUCGGUCAGAUGCCCGUGCUGCAUGUGAAGAAGGACGACGGGUCAGAGGCUUGGCUGGCACAGUCAGGUGCCAUCGUGCGGUACCUGUCGAAGAAGCUGGGGCUCUCCGGGGCGACGGAGGAGGAGGAGAGCAUGGUGGACAUGGUGUUCGAGGGCUCGAAGGACAUCAUGGGCAAGAAACCAGCAGUCCAUGAAGCUGUUGAUAGUGACAGUACCGAUGCUCAACGUCUCCGUAUGUAUCUUGAGAAGAGCGAGGGUCUGCUGGGGUCGAAGCAGUACUUCGUCGGGGACAAGCUGACGUACGCCGACGUCGGGAUGUUCCACGCGCUCUACACCCUACAGGAGGUGGGAGACAAGUACCUGGACCGGGCAGGAUACAAGUCUCUCUCUGCCUUCGUCACCCGCAUGGCCUCGCUGCCGAGCUUGUCGGCCUACCUGUCGUCGGAGAGGCGCGUGCCGCUGACGGAGAAGGAGCUCGGCAAGGGGUCGGACAAGUACAUCUACACGCGCGAGCUGCCGGAGGGCAUGAUCAGAGAGGAGGGCAAGAAGGAGCUCUGA